CUCUCGAAGAGCUAUUCAGGGAAGAGAUUCAUUAGUUGGGCCAAGAGACUCUAAGCCUCACUUCGAGGAAAGUUUUAGCCACUUCCAGUGGGUUGAGCAUGCUAUUUUGGUGAUGAUUCUUCUUUGAGCCGACUCAGGGUAGUAGUAACUGCCCUACAGGAUCCUUCUAUGAGUAUGGUCAUUGCUUCAGCUGCCAUGGGUCAUGCAAGGAGUGUAACAUCUAUGGGGAAUGCACUUCAUGUAAAGAUGGAUUCAUAUAUAAUGCCACUUCAAAACUUUGUGAUUAUGAGGAGUGCUCUGACGGCCAGUAUUAUUCAAUUCCAGUGAAAAGUUGAAAUGAUUGUGGAGAUAGCUGUAACACUCUCUGUGCUUAUCAAAGUCAUUGCUUUGAGUGUCUUCCUGAUCAAAUUUUAGAUUUAAAGACCAUGACUUGAGUUGAAGAGUGAGAUAUUGACUCACAAAUACUAAUUCAAGAUCCACAACUUCAAACCAUUCCAGUUUGAAGAGACUUUGAGUAUUUCGUGAAUGCAAACAGUGAAAGCCCAGUUGAGCUCGGGACUCAGCAGCAUCCUUAUAAAGAUAUUGAGUCAGCUAUGGUUGAGAUUUUGAACUUUCACAGCCACAACCCCAGAAAUGUGACAGUGAAUGUAAUGGAAGCAACUACAGUUUAUGCUAAUAGUGCAACUUAUAUUGUCAAUAUGACACAUGUGCAAAUCCAAGCCUACAAUGAUGCUGAUACUGAGAUUGGACUUGCAAGAAUGGUUGGAAUUUACAACAGUUCCAAAAUAGUCAAUCCAGCAACACCAACCAAGUUCAGCAUUUUAGUACAUAAAAAUCAGCUUGUCAAUCAAAUAAUAUUUGACAAUCCUGAAUUUGACUCUGACGACAAAGUAGGGCUCCGAUUGGUAAAUGCUGUAUUUAAGCCUUUCCAUUCAGGAUUCUUGAUCAAGAAUUUCAGAAUUGUCACUGACUACGAUGACCCAGCAACUGCUCAUGCGGUCUUCGAACCGUACAGAGUAGACACAAGAACGGUCGGCAUGAUCAAUUGUGACAUGAGAAUGCAAGGCUCAGUCAUGAGAGCAAUAACCACCGCCUUUAACUGGCACAUGGAAAACAUAAUCCAAGAGACUCAGUAUUUAUACGCAUUCAGCCUGACCAAACUCAGAUGUGGAGAUGAUCAUACAGACAUGGGGACUCAAUUGUAUUUCAAGAACUUCACAUCAAUUAACAGCGGAGGAAGACCUACUUAUCUAAGACCAAAGGAACUCUUCAUGAGGAACUAUGUAUCAAACAAUGUACACUUUGAAGACUGCUUCUUUGAUACCUAUGUUGGUCAUAUCAAUACCCUCAGCCAAUACAUAUUUUACACAGAGGAAACAAAUUGAAAAAUUGAUGAUGACAAUAAGUGGAAUUUCACUAAUAUCCAUAUGACCACAUCAAGGAAUGAAGAAGGCAAAAAUUCAAGUUUUGAUAGGACAAUUAAACUUGUUUUUGUCAGAACCUCAAUUUCGAAAAGUAUGCUGGCUAUCCAUAUGACGAAUGCCACAUUCUCAAAUGAUUACAAUAUUGCUAGGGGCCAUAUUGUUUCUAAUUUCAACACUCUCACGACUUACACACUCAAAGAUAUCAAAUUUAUUAAUUGUGAAGGAAAUGUCUUCAAAGUUGUAGGACCAAGAGUAGAAAUAGAUGGCCUGCUAAUUGAGAAUCAUACUUCUACACCUUUGACUAGCUUCAUGGUUUCUAUUAUUUCAGGAAAUAAGACUUCAAUAAAAAAUCUUGUAAUUAAAAAUUUCACUGAUGGAAGUAUAUUGACAGACCCUUUAAUAGAUCUAUUUCAAUACAAAACUUCAAAUAUUGCACUCAAUAAUAUUUCAAUCCAAGAUUCAAUGUUCCAGAGUAAGAGAGCCCUAUUCUCUUUGUCUGGCUCAUCUGAAAGUGUGCUGGAUGUUGACACUCUGAGAUUCAACAACAUUGAUCUGGAUGGAGAUAUUUCUUUGAUUGAGUAUACGAUUUUCAAACAAGUUACCAUCAAAAAUAUCCAUUGAUUCCGCACACAUUCUCUUAAGGAAGGUUUUCCCUCUUAUCUCAUUAGCAAUGAUUACAGCCGAGAGGGCUUGGCUCCAAACAACACUCAGAUUUUGCAAAAUAUUGUUGUUGAGGAAUCAACAGUUCCAAUACUGUUGAUUUCUAAACCUGAUUCUCUGACUAAUUCAACUCAGUCUCUACAUGUUUCUAAUGUGACUUACAAAAAUUCAGAAUCAGCAUUCGCAUUUGAAUUAAUCAAGGUCUUCAAGAUGUCCACAAUAGGGUCUUAUUCAAUCAUUUUUGAAGACAUCACUUUCAGAAAUCUUACUUAUGGAAAAAUGAGCAAAUUGAUGUAUCUUCAACAGCAGCUUCAGACUCCAGUCAUCAUCACCAAUUUGAAUGUGUUCGACAUUGCUUUCGCUGGAAUUACAGUUGAAGCUUAUGAGUCAAAUGAAGUCUACAAUAAAACGCAUGUGUCAAUAACCAACAUGAAAGCCAAUAAUGUUGACGGGCGCUCGAUAUCACUUUUCAACCUCUACAAAGAAUCUGAAGUAGAAAUAGUGCACUCAGAGUUUUCUUUCAUUGGAAAUUAUGAUAAAGGAGCAGUACUAUUUGCAGGCAAAUAAAAGGACAACAGCAAUAUUUAGAAACUGCUCAUUCUGGAAUAAUACUUCCAUUGAAGGAGGAGUCUUCGAUGUAGAGUCUGAUAGUAAUGUUAAGUGCAACAAUUGUAGUCUCACUAAUAACUUUGCAAUAACAGCAGGUGUUGUUAAAGUGAGUGCAGAUGGAAUGUUUGAGUUCUACAACUCAACCAUAAAAAAUAACUUUGCAUUGUCUGGAGCUGUCGCUGAAUUAUUUUCAUCACAACUGACAAGUGUUGUCAAUGGAUCAACGUUAGCCACAAACUUUGGAGUGAGUCAACAACAAGUCUCGAAUGUUAUUUUGACUCAAAGCUAUAUUUUCCAGUCUUUCAAAGAUUAUCUCAAUGAUAAUCCAUUUCUGUUAGAGACUGAUAGCAUAUUGACUUGUUUCAAAAUUGUCAGUGCCAAAUUGAGAAUAACUCAAACAAAGCUAAUUGAUCAGCAAUAUGUACUCUACUCAAUAAGCUCAAGAAUUAUAUUGAGCUUUACAAACAUUGAGAACAUGAGCAUUGAGUCGAGAUUGUUCAGAAUCAGUGAGUCAGACCUUACAAUCAAGAAUAUGACUCUAUCUAAUCUCAAUUGCGAAAGCCAGGCUUAUGAAAUCUUUUAUCUCGUUAAAGCUUAUAUUGAAGCUGAAAGUCUAGUUUAUUCACGCUCGACAUGAAAACUUAUAUCAUCGGGUCUAUCUCAAGUUAGUCUAAAGAAACUCAACUCAAGCUCAAUCAGCUUAAGCAACGUGCCUUUGAUCACUUUGCAGCACUCAUUGAGUGCUGAUUUAAAUAAUGAUGGGAAAGAAAUUCAGACCUCAAUUAAAGAAUCAUCUUUCUGGAAUAUUUCAAUUGCAGGAGGAAAUUUGAUUACCAUCAAGGUAUCUGGGGUGGCUGAUAUUUCAAGUAAUAGCUUUACUCAAAUCAGCUCACAAAUCAUCAAAAUUGAAGGAUCAAAAGUAGGCUAUAUUAAUAAUGUCACAUUUUCUGAGAGCAGAGAAUGUUUAGUAGCAACAAGAUCUUCCAUUGAUAUCAUUCACAACUCUAGAUUUGAAGGAUGAGGGAAUUCUAGCAUAACUAAUGGAGGAGCCAUCAGACUUAUUGAUAGUAGUUCUAAAAUCAACCAGUCUGUAUUCACACACAACAAAGCAAAGAUUGGAGCUAGCAUUUCAGUGAAAUGAGGCUUUGGACAAACUUGAUCUAAUAAAUUUACAAACUUGAUCUUUAAAAAUAACACAGCCUCUAUUAUGGGUGGAGGAAUAUAUUACAACCUGGCUAGGCCAAUCAUGAGCAACAUCACCAAUAUACACAAUACUGCAGACUAUGGGCCUGACAUUGCAAGCUAUGCAAUCAAAAUUGUUCAGAGAGGCACCCAGAAUAACAAAAUGUACCUCAAUAAUGUUGGAAGCGGACUCAAGCAUGAGGAAACCCUAUACUUUGACCUUGUUGAUGAAGAUGGCCAAGUGAUGGUUCUUGAGAAUGCAUAUACGCUUAAAAUACUUACUAAUGAAGCUGGAAUGGCAGCAAAAGGAACUGUUUUAGAUAGAUUUGAACAUGGACAAGCAGAGCUUGACAACCUCAUUUUCUUUGGCAAAGUUGGUCUGAAGAAUAUAACUUACAAACUGACUUCUGCAAGUAUCAAUCCCAGGAUCAUCAACGAAGUUCUUAACAAUUCAGAAGGAGAAUAUGACAACAUCAUUGAUGCAUCUUUCAGAUAUUGAAAACCUGGAGAAUUGCAGACUUCUGAUGGUCAGUGACAAGAAUGAAAGCCUACAACUUUCACCCUUAAGGAGAAUUCAACUGAAUGCCUACCUUGAAUGGACUUUGCAACUUGUGAAGGAAAAGAUGAAAUUCAAGUUCAUGCAGGAUACUGGAGAAUAAACAUGAACUCAUCAUCUAUAAUUGAGUGUCCAAACGAUGAAGCAUGCCUAGGAGGCUUCCAUCCUGAUAAUGAACAAGGUCCAGCAAAAUGAAAUACUGGGUAUCAUGGAUUACUUUGUACCAAGUGCGAUAUUGUUAAAGGAAUCAAAUACCAACCAUUGUCAGGUUUUCAAUGAAGUAAAUGUCCUAAACCAGUGCUCAAUGCUAUAAGACUAAUAGCUUUUGUGGUAUUAGCUUUCUUGUUUUUAAUGCUGCUGAUAUACAUCAAUUUGAGGAAGAAAAAGGAAAGUGAUGUCUCCAUUCUCCUCAGAAUUAUCACAAACUAUAUGCAAUUGAUAACUGCAUUUUUGACAUUCAACAUCAAGAUGCCUACUAAUGUUACAGGUCUGUUUGCUUUUACAAACAAAGUGUCUUCACCUGAUGAAACAUUUCUAUCGUUCGACUGUUUUAUUGCUGAUUAUGAAAUCAAGGCCUUUGCUCCUUCGAACGAAUUAUUUAAAAUGGUGCUCUACAUAUUCUUUCCUAUAAUUAUGGCUGCAGCUAUUCUUGUACUAUUUAGUCUGAUCAAGAUCAUUCAUUACAGCAUCUGGGCUAUAAAGCAUCAAUGAGCCAACAGGAAUCAUCGGUUCAAGUCUCUAUUUGAUCUUAAAAGAUCCAUGGUUGUGUCGAUGAUCUGUAUCAUCUUUUUGUUCCAUCCGACACUCGCAGUGAAAUCUUUGGCAAUGUUCUUGUGCAUAGAUGUAGAUGACGGAGAUUCGAGAAUGAAGUACCAUCUUGAGUAUCAAUGAUAUUCUGUCGACCAUAUCAAAUGGAUCUGUCUGGUUUCUGUUCCAACCAUGAUAAUCUGGGUGAUUGGUGUGCCUUGAGUACUUCUACGAAUUCUGAUACAGAACAGAAGUAAAUUAGGUGAGUCAAAGAUGCAGCGCUAUUUUUUAAUGUUGUACCAAGGCCUCAAAGAAAAGACAUUCUACUGGGAGUUUAUUAAUGGACUCAGAAAACUAGCAAUCUUGUGAAUCAACUCUUUCAUGGAUAGAUUCUCAGUGAAUUACAAGGUACUUAUUUCUGUUGUUUCGAUGCUUUUCUUCUAUUACGUGCAGAAACAUGUCAUGCCAUACAAGUCAUAUGAGCACAACAGGAUAGAUCUGAUGAGUCUGACUACGGCGACAAUAACUAUCUAUGCUGGAAUUAUAUUCUCUCUAGGAAAUGAAGCCUAUGAAGGAUUCAAAACCUUCACAUGGUUAGUCAUUGUGUUCUCCAACGUAUAUUUCAUCCUGAGCUGGGUAUACCUCCUGAUGCUCUCUCUUGGGUGGAAGAAUCCUAAAUUUUUAUGGGUCAUUUCUUUGUUGGGAUGCAUAAUUUACAGGAGAAGAGUUGACAAAAAUGAGAUAAAGCAAUCUUCCAUUACAGAGCAGAUCCCAGCUGCUACAAUUUUGAAAGAGACGACUCCGAAGAGGAGGGUCUUCGGCAAGAAAUCAGCAUUUAGGAAAAUAAGAAAAAGGAAAAAGAACAGGAAAGUUUUACAUAGCAAGAAAAGUAGAAGAGAGCCCAAAACCAAACAGAAGAAAGCUCCAAAGAAUACGAUCCCCAUUCUAGAUAACUUAUUUGAGGAAGAGAAGUCCUCAGCCUCAUGCCAGUCAGACAACAGACUCCGGUUCUCAUUGUUCAAACGCUUCGGAGGUCCUCUCAGAGAAAGAAUCCAAUAUGAAGAAAGCUAGGAAACUCUUCAUAAAUAAUUUAUUAUUAGAUCACUCGCUGAA